AUGAGAUUGCCGUUUCAGUUACCCAAUGAAAAGAUUGUUGUUUUUCAUGAUACUGCAUCAAUAUCUGAAGUAAAGACAAGGGAGGAGUUUAGACAAUCAAUUUUUGAGAGUUGGAUGGAUGCAAAUAAAAUUUUUCCAGAAGGUAGGCAUCUUACUUAUGCUGAAUACCCAACUCAUUUUGUUUAUAAUGCAAAUAGUCAAGAAUGUGCUUGCUAUUCUCUUGGACUUUUGGAUGAUGACAUUGAUGCAAUUAAGGAGGCAAGUUCUUGGCAGUCAGCUUCUUAUCUUGGACGUCUUUUUGCUCUGUUGUUGUUCGGUAACUUAAUGAAUACACCUGAAAAUGUUUGGGGGAAGUGUUGGAAAUUUCUCUCUGACGAUGUUCUUUAUCGACAUAGAACAACAGUAGGACAUCCAGAUGCAAAUCUUACUGAAGAACAAAUAAAAAACACAACACUUGCUGAAAUUGAUAAAGUGCUACAGAGUAAUGGAAAAUGCCUUUCUGAUUACCCUUCAAUGCCCUGCAUCACUGGUGCAUCUUUGCUUGAUAUGCACAAUUGCUUAGUGCUUGAUGAAUUACUGUAUGACAGAUUAUUUUUGGUUGAAGAACAUAAAAGACUAAUGAGUUCCCUUACAGAUGAGCAAAAAGUUGUCUAUGACAAGAUAAUUUCAGCAGUUUCAGUGGGUACAGGGGGAUUCUUUUUUCUAUACGGCUUUGGUGGUACAGGAAAAACAUUUAUUUGGAAUACAUUGUCAGCAUCCAUUAGAUCAAAAGGCGAAAUUGUACUUAAUGUUGCUUCUAGCGGGAUUGCAUCACUUUUGCUUCCUGGAGGCCGGACAACACACUCUAGAUUUCGUAUUCCAAUUAAGAUCACUGAGGAUUCAACCUGUAAUAUACGGCAGGAUUCUAAUAUUGCCGAAUUGCUGGCGAAAACAAACCUAAUCAUCUGGGAUGAAGCUCCAAUGGUACACAGAUUUUACUUUGAGGCUCUAGACAAAACACUUAGAGAUGUUCUUAGAUUUUCUGAUUCAAGUUGUGUUGAUAAACCAUUUGGUGGGAAAGUUGUUGUUCUUGGGGGUGACUUCAGGCAAAUCUUACUUGUUGUUCCUCAUGGAAGCAGACAAGAUAUAGUCCAUGUAACCAUUAAUUCUUCUUGUCUUUGGUCUCAUUGUCAUUUAUUAGCUUUGACCAAGAACAUGCGGCUUAGUUCUCGAAGUGACAUUCACAAUUUAAUGGAAAUAAAGGAAUUUUUCGAUUGGCUUCUUAAAGUCGGGGAUGGUGUUCUUGGAGAUGAUGUGGAUGGAGAAUCUAUUAUAACAAUUCCAGAUGAAUUAUUGAUUAAAAAAUCACUAAAUCCACUUUCAGAUUUGAUGGAUUUUGUGUACCCUGAUAUCUUGGAUCAUAUUUUAGAACUCACAUUCUUUAAAGAACGUGCCAUUCUGACUCCACAUUGA